AUGAGGUUCCCGGACAACCGCUACACCGAGACCUUGACGGUGUCUCUUCCUGGCCAAGAAAGACUUGUUCCCAAGAGCAGGAGAGCCAUGGUGGCCUCCCAGCAGAGCGCUGUGGCCUGUCUUCUAUGGAUGCUACUGCUGUGGGGCGGGGACAGAGGCUGCCAGGCCCAGCGUGCAGGCUGUAAAAGUGUGCAAUAUGACCUGGUCUUCCUCCUGGACACCUCCUCCAGUGUGGGCAAGGAGGACUUCGAGAAGGUCCGCCAGUGGGUGGCCAACCUGGUGGACACCUUUGAAGUCGGCCCUGCCCACACCCGCGUAGGGGUAGUGCGCUAUAGCGACCGCCCCACCACGGCCUUUGAACUGGGUCACUUUGGUUCCCGGGAGGAGGUCAAGGCCGCAGCGCGGCGCAUCGCCUACCACGGCGGCAACACCAACACAGGCGACGCGCUGCGCUACAUCACCAGCCGCAGCUUCUCUGCCCAGGCGGGAGGCCGGCCUGGGAACCGCGCCUACCAGCAGGUGGCCAUCCUUCUGACCGACGGCCGCAGCCAGGACCUGGUACUGGAGGCCGCUGCCGCCGCCCGUGCUGCUGGCAUCCGCAUCUUUGCCGUGGGCGUGGGCGCUGCGCUGAAAGAGGAGCUGGAUGAGAUCGCUUCAGAGCCCAACUCUGCGCAUGUCUUCCACGUGUCUGACUUCAACGCCAUAGACAAGAUCCGGGGCAAGCUGAGACGCCGGCUGUGUGAAAACGUGCUGUGUCCUAGUGUCCGCGUAGAAGGAGAGCGCUUUAAGCACACCAAUGGAGGGACCAAGGAGAUCACAGGUUUUGACCUGAUGGAUUUGUUCAGUGUGAAGGAAAUCUUGGGGAAGAGAGAGAAUGGAGCACAGAGUGCCUAUGUUCGGAUGGGAUCCUACCCUGUGGUGCAGAGAACUGAGGAUGUGUUCCCCCAAGGUCUGCCUGAUGAGUAUGCCUUUGUCACAACCUUCCGGUUCAGGAAAGCAUCUCGGAAAGAAGACUGGUACAUCUGGCAGGUCAUCGACCAGUAUGGCAUCCCACAGGUCUCCAUCCGGCUUGACGGCGAGAACAGGGCCGUGGAGUACAAUGCUGUGGGUGCCAUGAAGGAUGCAGUGAGGGUGGUCUUCCGAGGCCCCCGUGUCAGCGACCUUUUCGACCGGGAAUGGCACAAGAUGGCCCUGAGCAUCCAGGCCCAGAACGUGUCCCUGUACAUCGACUGCAUGCUGGUGCAGACGCUGCCCAUUGAGGACAGGGAGAACAUCGACAUUCAGGGCAAGACGGUGAUUGGCAAGCGGCUCUACGACAGCGUGCCUAUCGACUUUGACCUGCAGAGAAUUGUGAUUUACUGUGACUCAAGACAUGCAGAACUGGAGACUUGCUGUGACAUCCCGUCAGGCCCAUGCCAGGUGAUGGUGGUGACGGAACCUCCGCCUGCACCCCCACAGCCACCCACCCCCGGCAGUGAGCAGAUUGGGUUCUUGAAGACCAUCAACUGCUCCUGCCCAGCUGGAGAAAAGGGUGAAAGGGGCUUUGGUGGCCCCGUAGGGCUCCCUGGUCCAAAGGGAGACGUGGGAGCCACUGGACCAAUGGGUGUUCCUGGACCCAAGGGAGAGAAAGGAGAUUCAGGGAGAGGACCCUUUGUGCAAGGAGAAAAAGGUGAAAAGGGCUCUCUGGGCCUGCCUGGGCCCCCUGGAAGAGACGGUAGUAAAGGCAUGAGAGGGGAGCCAGGAGAGCUGGGAGAGCCAGGGCUCCCAGGAGAAGUGGGCAUGCGGGGUUCCCCAGGAUCGCCUGGACUUCCAGGACCUCCUGGGCAUGUUGGAGCUCCAGGUCUCCAAGGAGAACGAGGCGAAAGAGGAGCCCGAGGAGAAAAGGGAGAGCGGGGCCUGGAUGGAUUUCCGGGGAAGCCUGGGGAGACAGGAGAGCAGGGAAGACCCGGCCCUCCUGGAGUAGCAGGCCCCCAGGGAGAAAAGGGAGACGUGGGACCUGCAGGACCCCCUGGUGUACCAGGCUCUGCGGUGCAGAGAGAGGGCCUGAAGGGAGAUCAGGGAGCUCCAGGGCCGCGAGGCCACCAGGGCCCACCUGGGCCUCCAGGAGCUCCGGGUUUGAUGGGCCCAGAAGGUAAAGAUGGACCCCCUGGUUUACAAGGUCUUCGAGGGAAGAAAGGUGACAUUGGCCCACCAGGAACCCCUGGAGCACUGGGGCUACAGGGUCCCCCUGGACCACCUGGUGUUUUAGGCCCCCCUGGACCAGGAGGCCCCCCGGGUUUACCUGGAGAGAUCGGCUUCCCAGGAAAGCCUGGGCCACCGGGGCAUGCGGGUCCCCCAGGAAGGGAUGGACUGAACGGACCACCAGGCUUGCCCGGCUCCAAGGGAGAACCAGGGGACCGCGGGGAAGGCGGCCUGCCAGGGAAGCCGGGACCUCGGGGUGAAGUUGGGGAGCAGGGCCUGGCGGGUCAACCUGGAGAAAAGGGAGAAGCAGGCCUGCCAGGAGCUCCAGGCUUCCCCGGUGUGCGGGGAGAGAAAGGAGACCGGGGAGAAAAAGGUGAACUUGGACUUCCUGGACCGAAAGGUGCUCAAGGUGAAAAGGGUGAAGCUGGUCCUCAAGGUCCCCCUGGGCUACCUGGAGCUCCUUCCUUCUUCACACCACACCCACGAAUGCCCGGAGAACAAGGGCCUAAAGGAGAAAAGGGCGACCCUGGUGUGCCUGGCCACCCGGGACCACAGGGCCAUCCUGGAGAAUUAGGCCCCCGGGGACCCGCUGGACCUCCGGGUGCCAAGGGACAAGACGGUGCACAUGGGGCUCCUGGAGCAGCUGGAAACCCUGGUGCUCCAGGACCUGCAGGACCCCCUGGCAUUAGUGGCCCCCCAGGAAGCAUGGGCCCACCUGGCAUCCGAGGUCCCCCUGGGAAAGAUGGGGAGCGUGGGGAGAAGGGAACAUCAGGGGAAGAAGGGAGCCCAGGUCCAACUGGCCCUCGGGGUGACCCUGGUGCCCCGGGGCUCCCUGGAUCUCCCGGAAAGGGGAAGGACGGAGAGCCGGGCCUGCGAGGACCACCCGGGUUACCUGGUCCCCUGGGAACCAAGGGUGACCGAGGAGCACCUGGGAUUCCUGGCUCUCCUGGCAGCCGUGGUGACCCGGGCAUCGGGGUUGCUGGCCCUCCGGGCCCUUCUGGACCACCAGGAGACAAAGGACCCCAGGGAUCUCGAGGCUUACCCGGAUUCCCAGGCCCUCAGGGACCAGCUGGCCAAGAUGGAGCACCAGGAAAUCCAGGAGAAAGAGGGCCUCCUGGAAAACCAGGUCCUUCUUCACUGCUGUCUCCAGGGGACAUAAAUCUCUUAGUUAAGGAUGUGUGCAGGGACUGCCCUCCUGGUCCUCCAGGCCUCCCUGGCUUGCCUGGCUUUAAAGGGGACAAAGGUCUCCCGGGAAAGCAGGGGAGAGAAGGCACAGAAGGCAAAAAGGGAGAUGCUGGGCCUCAAGGCCUCCCAGGGCCCCCUGGAGUAGCUGGACCACAGGGCAGCCCAGGAGAGCGUGGUGCUGAUGGUGAGGUGGGACAGAAAGGCGACCAGGGUCACCCUGGAGUUCCAGGUUUCAUGGGACCCCCAGGGAAUCCUGGGCCACCAGGGGCAGUUGGAGUUGCUGGGGCUUCUGGACCACCAGGAAUUCAGGGGCCACAGGGGAAAGAAGGCCCUCCUGGUCCUCAAGGUCCACCGGGAAUUCCUGGAAUCCCAGGGGAAGAAGGCAAACAGGGCAGAGACGGAAAGCCUGGAACCCCCGGAGAACCGGGUAAAGCUGGAGAGCCAGGCCUACCAGGAGCAGAAGGAGCUCGUGGCCCACCGGGCUUCAAAGGACACACAGGUGAUUCUGGUCUACCUGGUCCCCGGGGAGAACCUGGUGCCACAGGGCCUCCUGGACAAGAAGGGUUACCAGGAAAGGAUGGUGACACCGGACCUGCAGGCCCACAGGGUCCCCGAGGACCCAGGGGCCCACCGGGUAGCAAUGGAUCACCAGGAUCCCCAGGAGACCCUGGACGUCCAGGAGCCCCGGGUCAGAAGGGAAGCAAGGGAGAAAAUGGCAGCCCAGGACUUCCAGGCUUCUUGGGUCCCCGUGGGCCUGCGGGAGAAGCGGGAGAGACAGGAGCUCCAGGCAAGGAGGGUGCUCCUGGGAAGCCUGGAGAGCCGGGACCCAAAGGCGACCAGGGAGAUCCUGGCAGCAAAGGCGACAAAGGACCGCCAGGUGGAAAGGGCCAGCCUGGGGACCCUGGAAUCCCAGGCCACAAAGGCCACACAGGCUUGAUGGGUCCUCAUGGACCACCAGGGGAGAGUGGACCACCUGGACCCCCAGGGCCACCUGGCCAGCCAGGAUUUCCAGGACUACGAGGAGAGCCUCCAUCCAUGGACACCCUGCGGCGGCUCAUUCAGGAAGAGCUCGGGAAGCAGCUGGAAACCAAACUUGCCUACCUCCUGGCCCAGAUGCCACCAGCACACAUUAAGUCCUCUCAAGGCAGACCUGGGCCCCCAGGUCCUCCUGGCAAAGAUGGGCUUCCGGGCCGGUCAGGCCCCAUGGGGGAGCCAGGUCGACCUGGACAGGGGGGUCUGGAAGGACCCUCUGGACCAAUAGGCCCCAAAGGUGAACGAGGAGCCAAAGGUGACCCAGGCACACCUGGAGUUGGCCUCCGAGGAGAGAUGGGUCCCCCAGGAAUCCCAGGUCAACCAGGGGAACCUGGCUAUGCUAAAGAUGGACUUCCAGGUAGUCCAGGACCUCAAGGGGAGACAGGACCAGCUGGACAUCCUGGCCCUCCCGGCCCACCUGGCCCUCCUGGCCUGUGUGACCCCUCCCAGUGUGCCUACUUUGCCAGCCUUGCUGCCCGACCGAGUAAUGUGAAGGGCCCUUAGAAGAUUCUGGAAAAUCAGAGGACUGCAAUGGAUUUCUGAAACUUGAACUCAGAGCCCAAUGGGAAGCCAGAAGCCUUGAAAUAAUUCUUUCUCUUCUCUUUCUCUAGUUUAUCCUUCCUUCCUUCCUUGAUCCCUUUUCUCCCUCUUUUCACAUCUUUUAUUUCUUCCUUCUCCCCUUCCUCUUUCCUUCCUUCCUCUUUUAUUUUCUUGAGAGACCUCAAAAUUAUUAAAACACCGGCAGAUGCUGCCAGCCAGUCAGUUAUUAAUGCUAUUACCAUUGUUAAUUGUUAUUAUUCCAUACAUUAAUACUUGUGAGUUCCUCCUCUACUGAAGAGCUUGGAGAACUUCUUCGUGGGCAGGAGACGGCAUCCUGGCUCAGGGGCUCUGUCAGCGCUAGCUGAGCUGUGGCUGCCAAUUCUCUAGAAACUCUCGGUGCUAUGCAGCCCUGACCAGACACUUGAUGGACUUUCCUUUUUCCCAGAAAAGAGGAAGCUUUAAAAAUGGCGGUGAUGAGCCUCUGGCCUCAGCUGUGCCCUGGUAGAGCCCAUCCUAUGCUCAUAUGCUCAGCGCCUCCCAGGAGAGAGACGGGAAGUGGGAGGAGGAGUGAUUUGCAAGCGGAAGAAUGCUCUGCCCUGCUGAUGGAAAGAGCAGAAUCAAGUCGGGCUUUCUCAAGUGCUUCAAGCUUGUGCAAGCAAAAUGAUGUCCCCACUGGCAUCAACAAUGGCCUUGUGGGGACUGUGGGGGGUCAUGUCUGGGCCACAAAAGAGAAUACUGGUGCUGAAGAAUCUGUGUGUGAAUUUGCUUGUAAACCAUGGGCAGGACUCCUAAGUUCCUUUUGUUGGCUUCAGUUGUGUGAAUUGUAAAAUAAAGUCUUCUUAUCGCCACUCA